AUCGAGUAUCGACUAUCAAUAUUAUAAAACCAUUGAUAAAAGGGCCUCAAUCGCCUCUCCUCCGGGAAUGCACUAUGCAGUCUUAAAUAAGUCAAAUAUAUAUUUUAAUAUAGGCGUAGCCUAUCCAUAUCUUUAUUAUCUAUGUAAACAACUCAGUUCUCAUUAAGCCGCAUACUCGUAAUCGAUUGGUUAUUCGGUUACUUCAUUAAUGGUAGUAGCUGUUUUAAAUUUUUAAUACAGUAUGGUUUUAAGGUUUUAUGUCCGUGUCAAAUAAACCAUAACGUUUAGUGCGAAUAAAUAGUGUAUUAUAUUUUUUAGUAUUAUUAAAAAAAAAAUUCAUCUACGCGACUACGCCUAGCUGUCAUCAGCUAACCUGAUGAAAUCUUAAAUGAUAAAGAAUAUUAUAAUUAUACUUCGUGGAGGAAAAAUAUGAACGAUACAUCAGAAAGCAAUUAUGUGAUGCUUCAAGCAUUGUAUGAUUAUAAAGAUACUUCAUCUGAGAGAACACUAGAUUUCAAAAUGAAUGAUGAAUUUUUCAUUUACCGAGAUGUUGCUGAUAAAAAGAGUUGGUGUUAUGUUAUCAACCAUACUGGUGAUUUAGGAUAUGUACCAUAUAAUUAUGUUAAAACUAUUUAUGUAAAGAACAAUCAUGUAUUGAAAUUCCUUGAUAAUUGUCUUUUGGCAGUUCAACAAAAACUUGAUGUGAAUGAUAAUUUCUCUGACAAAUUUAAACUAUAUCAAUCAUUAUUGAGACGACAAAAAAAAUUAAAACAGAAAUCUUCCUAUAAUACACUAGAUACGCCAAUUCAAUGCAAAACUACUGAUGAAGGUAAUCAAUCAGAAGCAAAUGAACAAAUAUUAAAUGAAACUGAAAAAAAUGUAAGUGUUUCAAAAAAAAAGGAGAUAACUAUUCCAGAUGUUUAUGAAGUAGUGCAGCAAGUAAGAAAUCAUACAGGAUUGUCUUACAAUUUCUCUCAAGUAGCUGUCUCUGUUGUGAUUCAAUAUUUGUCUGAUCUAGUUGAUGAAUCAGCAAAGUCUAGUCUCAGUAGCGUACGCAAAAUUAUUAAUAAUUUUCCACCUACAAGUGCAACAUUACCAGUAGAAAGUUUGGAAAAUACUAAGGAUGGAAAAUGCAUGCAACAGUUAUUGGAAUACUUAACAGCUGCUAAAGAAGAUUCACAACAACGUUCAUGGCAAAUAUUUGAUGAUCAUGUUCAAAUUGAAGACUGUUUAAUAGAGCUCACAAGCAUUUUGAAAAAUGCAGAUCCAAUGGUUAUAAAUCAUAUAUUAAAAAUCGACCAGUAUACAUCAAUUAAUAAUUUAUUGGAAUAUUACCAAAUGGAACUACGAUGGGUGAUUCAAAAACAUUUGCUUAUUAUAUUUUCAGAACUAUGCAAACUCAAUUUUGUUGUUGUUGAAAUUAUAAUCAACUCCAUACUGCCCAUGGAAUUAGCUAGAGAUUUGCAAAAUAACAAAGAAGAUUUAAACAAGCAAGUCAUUCUUGCUGAAUUUCUAACACUAAUUUUAUCGGUUGGAGAGACUUUACCAAUUUCUUGCUUUGAAUAUAUGAAUGUGGACUUUGUUACCAAAAUACUAAGUGAUAUAGAGGAUAAUGAACUGAAAUCUUCUAAUGAUGAAAAAAAAACUGAAUGCAUGAUCAAUUUAUUGCUUUCUUAUAAUCUUCAGUUUUCUGAAAUUGAAUCAAACAUAACUUUAAAAGGACUGGCCCAGAGAGACAAUGCCAAAGUACUUACUGAAAAUUUAUUGAUUUUACUUAAUACUGAAAAAGAUCCAGUUCAAAUUUUAAAAUUGAAGAAAAAGCCAAAAAACUCUGUAGAAAAAUUGUUAAAUGACAUUCUUGCUGACUCAAAAACUGCUAAACUAUUUUAUGUUAAUGAUAUAGAAGUUUUAGUUGAUAUUAUUAUACGUCAACUAUUGAAUAUUCCAUCUGAUGAAAUGGCUCGUACUUCAUAUUUGGAACUUUGUAAGAAUGUGAUUUUUAAUACAGAAUAUUUAGACCGCAGACAUAAAUUAUCAGAUUUAAAUAAUUGCCUUCAAGAAAUUCUUGUUGAUGAUAAUUCAUGUACAAAAGAUCAAGAUGUCUGUAUUAUUAAGGAAAUUUAUUUAAAAUAUCCAGAAUUUUUCAAAUAAAAUGUUCUGAAUAUAUUAUAUUUGUUACUAAAAUAUGAUAGUUUGCUUAUACACUAUGUUGAGUAUUAAUCAAAAUGCUAAAUAUUCUUGCAAUAAUGUUGUGAUGAUUAUUCUUAUAUGUUACUUUUAUGUGCCAAAUAUUAUCUUAAACAUUUCAUUAAUAUUAUAAUGUUUUUCUCUUUU